UGAAAUUUUAAGGCAGAUACGUGCUUGCCUUUUGCCCUAAUAAUAUAUCCGGAAAUUUGUUGCCCUUCCUAAGUUCCUAACUGAAAGAGCACCUCACUUCAGGUAACGCUUUCCCGACUACACCUCUCAUAUAUCACCUACUAUCCUCACCACCAGCCGCCGCCGCAGCACUACCGGCUAACGAAAGAGUCCAGAUCUGGAAAUUGAUCGUCCUGAUCCGUAAUCCGAUGGGAAAAGGAGGAGCUUUGAGCGAGGGUGUGGUGAAGAAGAUCCUGCUUUCAUACUCCUAUGUCGCCAUCUGGAUCUUCCUCUCCUUCACCGUCAUCGUCUACAAUAAGUACAUCCUCGAUCACAAGAUGUACAACUGGCCGUAUCCUAUCUCGCUCACUAUGAUCCACAUGGCUUUCUGCUCGUCCUUGGCCUACGUCCUCGUCCGGGUCGUCAAGCUCGUCGAGCCGGUUUCAAUGUCAUGGGAUCUGUACUUCAAAUCCGUCGUUCCUAUCGGCCUCCUCUAUUCCUUUUCGCUCUGGCUCUCCAAUUCCGCUUACAUUUAUCUCUCCGUCUCCUUCAUCCAGAUGCUCAAGGCUCUGAUGCCUGUCGCCGUGUACUCCAUCGGAGUUCUGUUUAAGAAGGACGCUUUCAAGUCCGAGACAAUGACGAAUAUGAUAUCGAUUUCGGUAGGUGUCGCGAUUGCCGCAUAUGGCGAGGCUAAAUUCGACACGUGGGGAGUGAUUCUGCAAUUAGGGGCAGUUGCAUUUGAGGCUACCAGGUUAGUCAUGAUUCAGAUCCUGCUCACCUCGAAGGGUAUCACGCUUAACCCUAUUACUUCCCUUUAUUAUGUGGCGCCAUGUUGUUUGGUUUUCUUGUUUGUUCCAUGGGUUUUUGUUGAGUACCCUGUUUUAAGGGAGAAUUCCAGCUUCCAUUUAGAUUAUGUCAUCUUUGGGACCAACUCCUUGUGUGCAUUUGCUCUCAACCUUGCUGUGUUCUUGCUUGUGGGCAAGACUUCUGCUUUAACCAUGAAUGUUGCUGGAGUGGUUAAGGAUUGGUUGUUGAUUGCAUUUUCCUGGUCUGUGAUUAAAGAUACUGUUACCCCAAUCAACCUCUUUGGGUAUGGAUUGGCUUUCUUGGGUGUGGCAUACUACAAUCACUCAAAACUACAGGCACUUAAGGCUAAGGAGGCACAGAAGAAGCCUUCUCAGCCUGAUGAUGAGGAGGCUGGCAGGUUGUUGGAAGAAAGGGAAGGGGAGAACGUAACUAAAAAGAACGAAGCACCUUGAGAAGUUAACACUACAUUAAUAUUAAUGGUCCUUGGUUUUGAUUAGGUGAGGUCUAUGGAGAUAAGAGGGGGGAAAUGAAGAUCUGAUAACAGAUAGGCGAAGAUACUACUUCUACUUUUUCUUUUGUCUAUCUAAAUUUAAGGUAUUCGAUUUUACUUAAUACAUACAGUAUCUCUUAAGCUUGACUUGAGGCUCUUUUAAAUAUGUCUUAGAAUUAAGACUCAAUAUACUUCAUUAAUUAUACGAGUAUUAUCUUUGAACUCUUAUUUGAUCCAAGUGUUAGUUAUUUUCUGUA